CAUGUUGGGUGUAUGUUACAGCAGGAAUGUGUAUAUCAACAAAGGGAUCGAACAUAAUAUGUGACUUGUGAUCAAUAAAUCCUGGCUGAUUAAUAGACGGAGUAUUUGUCAGGAGAGGUUUUACUGAAAGAAAUACACGAAGCAAUGCUAUGAAGAAAUCUUUUAAUAACAGAACCAAGGACUUUAACUCUGAAAAAUCAAGCAUUUUCUCAGAUUCCUAUAUGUUCUCAAAGGAGAUAGUAAACAUAAACCCCAAACCAUUCUCAUGUUCUGAAAGUGGAAGAUGUUUUAGUCAUAAAGAAACUCUUGUUAGACAUCCAGGAACUCACACAGUAGAUAAACCUUUCUUUUGUAGUGAAUGUGGAAAAUAUUUUGUCACUAAAGCAGUGCUUGUCCGUCAUCAGAAAGCUCACACAGGAGAGAAACCAUUCUCAUGUUCUGAAUGUGGAAAAUAUUUUGUCACUAAAGCAGUGCUUGUCCGUCAUCAGAAAGCUCACACAGGAGAGAAACCUUUCUCAUGUUCUGAAUGUGGAAAAUGUUUUAUCAAUAAAUCAAAACUUGUUCAUCAUCAGAGAACUCACACAGGAGAGAAACCAUUCUCAUGUUCUGAAUGUGGGAAAUGUUUUCUUAGUAAAGCAGAGUUUGUCAGUCAUCAGAGAACUCACACAGGAGAGAAACCAUUCUCAUGUUCUGAAUGUGGAAAAUGUUUUCUUAGUAAAGCAGAGCUUGUCAGUCAUCAGAGAACUCACACAGGAGAGAAACCAUUCUCAUGUUCUGAAUGUGGAAAAUGUUUUGGGCAACAUUCACAUCUUGUCAGUCAUCAUAGAAUACACACAGGAGAGAAACCGUUCUCAUGUUCUGAAUGUGGAAAAUGUUUUCGGCAUGAUUCAAAUCUUGUCAGUCAUCAGAGAACUCACACAGGAGAGAAACCGUUCUCAUGUUCUGAAUGUGGAAAAUAUUUUGUCACUAAAGCAGUGCUUGUCCAUCAUGAGAGAACUCACACAGGAGAGAAACCGUUCUCAUGUUCUGAAUGUGGAAAAUGUUUUCCAAAACAUUCAACUCUUGCCAGUCACCAAAGAACUCACACAGGAGAGAAACCGUUCUCAUGUUCUGAAUGUGGAAAAUGUUUUCGACAACGUUCAACUCUUGCCAGUCACCAAAGAACUCACACAGGAGAGAAACGGUUCUCAUGUUCUGAAUGUGGAAAAUGUUUUCGGCAACAUUCAAGUCUUGCCAGACAUCGGAGAACUCACACAGGAGAGAAACCGUUCUCAUGUUCUGAAUGUGGAAAAUGUUUUGUCACUAAAGCAGAGCUUGUCUGUCAUCAGAAAGCUCACACAGGAGAGAAACCUUUCUCAUGUUCUGAAUGUGGAAAAUGCUUUGUCAAUAAAGCAGAGCUUGUCAGUCAUCAGAGAACUCACACAGGAGAGAAGCCGUUCUCAUGUUCUGAAUGUGGAAAAUGUUUUCGGCAACAUUCAAGUCUUGCCAGACAUCGGAGAACUCACACAGGAGAGAAACCGUUCUCAUGUUCUGAAUGUGGAAAAUGUUUUCGGCAACAUUCAAUUCUUGCCAGACAUCGGAGAACUCACACAGGAAAGAAACCGUUCUCAUGUUCUGAAUGGGGAAAAUGAUUUUUCGUUUAACCUAAUCUUGAUAGACAUCAGAGAUCUCACACAGGUGAUGAGUCUCUAAAAUUGUAUAAGGCAUCCACGCCUUAACAUAGAAAUAAAAUAUCUUGUAUUGUGAAUUUUGAUCAUGCUGACACUGUACGUAGUAACUGUCAUAGUAGCAGUCAACGUACGUAUGAUGAAACAAAAAAAGUGGAAACCACAUCCAAUAAGCAUACACU